ACGACUCGCCUUGUUGUGUGUAUUCCCGUGCUCGCAUCGCCAUCUUGUUGCAAUCCUAUUUUUUACGUAUGCGAGGAUCCACUUUCCGCUCGGCCGGAUUAAAACACUCCCCGUCUGCUCUCAGGAGGAACACAGGGGACGAGAGGCUCGGGCGGCCGGCUGUGAACCUCGCACGCGCCACUUAGCGCCGGGACGCCACCUCUACCCCCGCGGUCUUUUUCCUCCUUCCGUCCCGGGCCACCGGGUCGCCUGCCGUCAGGGUUCACGCGCAAUGAGCAUCGAUACACUUUUGGAGGCGGCCAGAUACCUGGAAUGGCAGGCCCAGCAGCAGCAGCUCAAACGCGAAGAGGAGCAGCGCAAAGAGAAGGAGCUCAUCAACAGGGAGGCGGAGUCGCGGCGCGUGAAACUGGUGACCUCGUCGUCUCAGCCCGUCAGAGCCAAUCACAUCGCUUGGGGCGAUGACGCUCCCCGCCAGCCGCCGCCCCACCCCCCGGCCGCCCCGCCCCCCUCUCUCCCGCCCUCUCAAGUCCCCAUCGCCGUCAUCCCCAUGGUGCCGGUGGUCACCGCCACGCCGUCGGUGCCGCCCCUCCCGCUCCCGACGCCCAUCGCGGCGGCGGCGGCCACGUCGCUCAACACCUCCCCGCCGGUCAACAAGUCGUCCUCCCCGCCGCUGCAGCACCAGGCGCCGCCCCAGCCGGCGUCUCGCCACCUGCUGUGCGCCUCCCAGGUGAAGGUGGAGAGUCAGCAGAUAGUCGGCGUGAAGCCCGACCAAUCGCAGCCUCAGGUCACGAUCCAGUACCCGCCCCCCAUCAGCGCCAACGGGCCCGGCUCCCAGCACGCGCUGGCCCCCCAUCAAGCCCCGCCCACGUCCCAGCCGCAGCCCAACGGCGUGAAGAUGGAAGACCUGCGGGCGAUGGAGGGAAAGCGGAGGCCAGGAGGGUCAGUGUGUGUGGCGGGGACCAGAGAGGUGCACAACAAGCUGGAGAAGAACAGGCGAGCGCACCUCAAGGAGUGCUUCGAGACGCUGAAGAAGAACGUUCCCAACGUGGACGAGAAGAAAACGUCCAACCUCAGCGUGCUGCGCAGCGCCUUGCGGUACAUCCAGACCCUGAAGCGUAAAGAGAAGGAGUACGAGCACGAGAUGGAGCGGCUGGCCCGGGAGAAGAUCGCCACGCAGCAGCGGCUGGCCGAGCUGAAGAACGAGCUGAGCCAGUGCAUGGACGUGAUGGAGAUCGACCGGGUGCUGCGGCAGACCAUCCAGCCCGAGGACGACCAGGCGUCCACGUCCACCGCCUCAGAAGGAGAAGACAACUACGAGCAGGACGUGGACGAGGACGCCCAGGCUCCGCCCCCUCCCGCCCCUCCCCCCGCGUCCCUCCCCAAGCCGGCGCCGCCCAUCCUGCAGGCGCAGCCGCUCCUCGCCCCGCACCUGUCCAUCCAGCACGCCGCCCUGCCUCUGUCCGGAGUCCUCGCCGCCGCCCCCUCGCCGUCCGGCCCCCCUCCCCCGCAGGCCAUCGCCCCCGCCCCGGCGCCCGGCCCCCCCGCCGCGCCGCCGCCUCCGCUGCCGCACCCGGUGCCGCCGCCGGCCGUGCAGGUCCAGCCCACCGUCAUCGCCCACGCCGCCGUCUCCCACCCCUCCGUCAUCCAGGCCGUCAACCACGCCCUCCCGGCCAAUCACAAACACCUGACGCACAUCGCCCCCUCGCCCGGCCCCGCCUCCUCCGCCCCUCAACCCGCCCCCGCCGCCGCCGCCGCCCCCGCCGCUCACCAGCCCAUCGCGGCGCAGCCCAUCGGACACAUCACCGUCCACCCGGUGGCCCACCUGGGGGCGCCGCUCGCGUCGCACCUGCCGGCGCUGUACCCGCAGGGCGUGGCGGUGUCGCAGCCCACCGUGGUGGGCCACAUCACCCACACCUUCACCCACCACACCCUGCCGCACGUCCAGGCCGGCCCGCAGGCCGGCGCCGGCCAGGUGGGCGGCCCGGUGAACGGCGCCGCCGUGGUGAGCCAGGGCGGCCCGGCGCUGGGGAAGCCCACCGCCGUGCUGGCCCCCCACCCCCAGCUGGUCGGCCAGGCCGCCGUCCUCAACCCCGUCACCAUGGUUACUGUCCCCACCUUCCCCGUCAGCACGCUCAAACUGGCCUGAGCGGCGGGCGGGAGAACUUCUGGUCCAGUUUCCCGACUCUCAAGAACCAACGACAGAGAAUCUCUGACAGAACAUUUAUUUAAAAAAAAGAAAAAACAGAAAAACGAGAGUUUUUGGACAUUUUGUGCUAAAUGUCUCCUGGAGGUUCAGUCCACAGCUCUGUCAGUUCGUGAACUGUUGCAUUAAAGCAGAGUCAGUGGGUCAGGCCGUCGUUUGAACACCAGACUGUGACGUUUGUCUCCGCUGCAACGACAGGAAACUCUGUGACCUUCCUUCCUUCCCUCCUUCCCUCCUUCCUUCCCUCCUCAGCCAGAAGCACUAACACAAUAAGCUCAGUUCACUCUCAGGCAUCCAGGAUUUACCUUAAACGAUCCACUCGCACGGGAGCGCCGCGGUCUGGCCGCCGCAGCCGCGUCGCCGUCCGAUGUAUCGAUCGGACGGCGUGGGACGGACGGUGAAGUAAUGUCACCGAUGUGCUCAUGAGCAGGAGGACGGGCUCCGGGGCCGCCAGCGCCGCUCACAGACGCCAGAUUCAAUCAGCAUUUCACCCAAAGUAGUUGUGUCUUUUUAUCUUUUGUUUUCCUCGCUUUGACAGAUGUGAGUAUUGAAACAUCCAUGUUGGCGGUUUCAGGCUCUGGGAGCUGAAUCCGAUCCCAGCUGACUGAGCACAGAUCCGGGCCGCAGACGACGAGCUGGACGCCGCAGCCGUCCGUCCGGUUUGCUCGGCCGAGUCAUGAAACCGAGGAAACGAGCAGCGUUUCUGUUUUUCUAGUUUGAGAAUGUAACUCUCCCGAGUCUGACUGUGCAGAAAGAAAGAUCUUUCAGUUUUGGGUGUUUCUCAUCGCUGCGAGGUGACGACAGGCUCGGCUGUUUUCUGCCCUCCUGGAGGCGAGCUGUGGGUGUUUGGUUUUAGACGGGGUUCAAGCUGGGGCUCCGUCCCUAAUCCACUCGCACCGCAUCGGUUUAAGGCCGCCGGUAAACCUCUGCGCAAGUUUUCAUUCGGGACGCCGCCGCUCUUCGACGAGCCGCCUGGUCCCGGCAGCAUGAUGCUGCCUCCGCCGUGCUUAGAAGCCAGGCCGGUGCUCGCUCAGUUUGCUGCAGGCUCGUCUGAGUUCUUGGGUUUCUAACAAGGCUGUGCUCGAUUGAUCGUCAGUUGGGAUCGGCUCCCGCCUCCUCGGUCCUGAUCGGCGAGGUCGAUGGUUCCAGUCCCCGUCUUGACCCGCUCUCGGUCCCUCGGCGACGGCUCGGUUUUUUGUUCCCGACAAACACAACAGGUUUUCAUCCUCCUCAGUCUAAUGCAACAGCUCCCUCUGCUGCCUCACCCCGGACCUCAUACCCCGGACGCAACGCUCCGGUGCACAACACACACACACACACACACACACACACACACACACACACACACACACACACCCCGGUCCUGAUGGAAGUUUUAAUGUCUCCCAAACUGAAUUCCUCUGCUUCAGGAAGGUGUGUUGUGGUGCCCGAGUCUCUUCACAUGCACUCUGUGUGUGUGUGUGUGUGUUUUGCGUGCACAUGUUCUCAGCCUUCUUGCCAGCCUACACACACACACACACACACACACACACACACCGCACCAUGAAAUGUCCCAUCAGUGUGUGUAUUGAGCGUCGUACGGAUCUGCUGUUCUGUCUGUAUAUGUGUGUGUGUACUCGGUAUGUUUUUUAUAUUCUGUACUAUAGUUAAUCCUCCUGUACCUGUAGCAUGGCUCUGAUUCAGUUCUCUCUCUUUGGUUGUACUCUUAGUGCAUGACUGAGUGUGUGUGGCUGAGUGUGUGUGUGUGUGUGUGUGUGUGUGUGUGUGUGUGUGUAGCUCACCACAUUAUUUUUUUACACAGAGGUGGUCUACGGUGUGAGCCUGCUUGGGUGCUAUCGUGUGUGCCUCUUAUACUCAGUUUUCCUGAACACUGUGACAACUCUGGCAGAAACACGAACACAUGGAGCGAAUGAGGAAUCGUACUGUCCGCUCGUUUUCUUCCUUUCUUCUUGAUUUGUCCAUUUUGUGAGUCGGACUGAAACACGGAGUGGGAAAAGUUUAAAAAAGCAAACAAAAAAAAAAAAGCCGUUGCUCUUUUCUUGAUAACCUAAUAUUGUCUAAUAUUACAUUUGAGUUUUGUAAUAUUUGUAUGUAUGAAAGUUUUGUAAAUUUGUGAUUGUAUGCACGUUUUGGCAUAUGAGUGUAUGUAUCUUAUAAAUUGAAAAUGCUUGUUUCUUUUUUUUUUAUUUUAUUUUGUUUUGCAUGUAGAUUGCUGUUUUAGUUUGUUUUGUUCAAUUUGUUUUGUUUAUUAUUUUGGGACCAUGUACAAUACUGUAUAACGUGGGCAGAAUCUUGGACCUCAUGCUACAUUGAUAUUAUAUAUGAAUAUAAAAACAUGUUUUCCCUAUGGAGAAAGUUUUAAGUUAUAUAUCGCCUGUACACUUUGGGCUGCCUUUUAGAUCUAACUGUCCACUGUUUAAGAUAACCAUGAUGAUAAUGGAUCAAAACAUAUUAAUGAUGAAGAAUUAUGCUGAUGAAAUAAUAAAGAUUCUUAAUAAAUCUUAUUACAUUUA